GUCUAUUUGCGACUGGCAUACGGCUAGACGCGAAACAAGACCGAGUUAAUAGUCGACAGUCGUGAGUUUUAUUGAAUUGUAUACAUGCAAGGUUCGUUUUAGAAAGUUACCGCUAAUAUUGACAUGAAUUUAGUACGAGUUCGGUAAAUUAUUAUAUAAACAUGUACAAUUACGUUCAGUAUUUACUUUAUAGAACUAAAAAAAGUAUAUAGCAAUCUUAAAAUACCGAUAUAAUAUUUACGUAAAAUGAACGAUGGCAGUGUUAGUUUCCAAUAUAAGUGGACAUAUUCAAAACCAGUUGACUCGAUCUUUAGAACGAAUAUUGGAAGAAGCAAACCAAAGUGGAGAGUUGAAAUUAAGUAACAGAAAAUUGAAGGAUUUUCCCAAAACCAACGAAAAAUACAAUUUGAGUGAUACUGUAAUUGCAGAUUUAUCGAAAAAUCGGUUCGGCGAAUUACCGGACGAAGUUCUCGGUUUUCAUUUUUUAGAAAAAUUGCAAUGUUAUCACAACGCCAUACGGUUUAUACCCGAUACCGUAAGCGGCCUUCAGUGUUUGAAUUUCUUAGAUCUCAGCCGGAAUCAGCUGACCAGUCUUCCGAGAGAAUUAUGCCAGUUGCCAAUUCAGAUUCUACUUGUCUCGAACAAUUCCCUUUCGUCCCUCCCUGACGAGAUGUGUCGCAUGUCUCAAUUAACCGAACUGGACGCUUCCUGUAACCAAUUGACGCAUUUACCUCCCCGUUUAGGAGAAUUGAAAUCUCUCCAAUCUUUGGUGUUGCGAAAUAAUCUGUUGCUAGCCGUACCGAUCGAACUGACGUAUCUGAAAUUGGUGAGGCUGGACCUCAGGGCGAAUAGAAUCAGCAACCUUCCCGUCGAGUUGAGAAACGUAUUGAGUUUGAUCGAAUUAUCGGUUGAGGAUAAUCCUCUCACUAGUCCUCCGGCAAGUUUAUGCAAACGAGGCAGGGUGCACAUAUUCAAAUAUUUAGAAUUAGAAGCCUUAAAGUUCGAUAGACGGACGGACGCCGGUGGCGGAACGUUGAGUAGGAAGUCGAGAAGAAGCGGCGCGGGUACAUCACCCGGACCUCUACUUCUUACUCACAAUCGACACAAAAGACAGAAUGUCGAUAGCGGUUACAGUACCAGUAGCGACUGUUACGAUAAACGAUGGUCCCAAGAAAUAACUAUACGAACCAAUGAUCAAAACGGCACCCAAUCGACGUUAUCUACACCGUCGACGUUAUCGCCGGCUCUAGAAAGCAACAACGACGAAGACAACGUAAAAAUGGACGAUUUCGACAAAAUGGACGGUUCAAAGGCUUCUAAAGAUCACGCCAGCGUACGUCUUAGCCCUUGUCCGGACACAUUUCCCAACUGCAAUGGAAUCGACGAUAAAAAACCAUUUCAACAAAUCCAAACUUACAGGGAAUACAAAGAGGCCCUUAAGCAACAAAGGGCGCAAGACGUGCCUUCCAUAUAUCGAACAAAAGACGACCAAAGUUACAAAACUGAACCGAACACCCCGACCCACCAUUUAUCUCCUUCGCAAACUUUGGCAACUUCUCGAUCCGAUCCUACACCGUUAAAUUCGGCUUUCAGUAGUAGUCCAAAGACGGUGUUCGACGAUACGAGCCCGACCAAGAAACCCGUACAAAAAGUACAACCGUCUAGAACGUACUCGUCGCCGAUCCAUACGAACGGCUUAGGGGAAAAUAGAAACGGAUCCUUGACGACCAGGAUAAGCGGUUACGUUAAACCGAAAUCGCCCGUUAAAGGACACCGCGUCGACGUGAUGUCGUACGAUAAUGUGCCCGCUAUCAAAUCUGUGAUUACCAAUGGGAAAAACUCGACGAAAAUCGGAACGAUGCAUUCGAUACCGAUACAGAUGAUGCCGAAGAGUCCGAAAACUGCGAAGACCAUCAGUUGGAACCAGGAUACUCACAAUGACAAAUUGUCGUUUACUAUGAGGAGAGAGAUUGAUAAGGCGAAAGAGGAAACGGAUCUCAUUAAUCAAUUGAGAAACAUCAUAGAAACCAGACUGAAAAUGGCCUUGCCGGAAGAUCUAGCGCCAGCUUUGACAGAUGGCGUUGUAUUAUGCCAUUUAGCAAAUUAUAUAAAACCCAGAUCGGUGGCCAGUAUCCAUGUACCAUCGCCAGCUGUUCCUAAACUGACGAUGGCUAGAUGUAGGAGAAACGUCGACAACUUCAUAGAGGCUUGUCGAAAAAUCGGAGUCGAUGAGAAUCUUUUAUGUUGCGCUGCAGACGUAUUAGAAGGUAAAGGUCUAGUGCAAGUAGCUGUGACGGUGACUGAACUAUUGAGAUUCCACAUGCCCAGAUCUCCCUUGCACACAACUCCAAUGUCAACUGUGGUUUAGUUAAAGGAGAAUUUUAAUUUUGGAGUUUAAUGUAUCACAAAUAAUAACGGUAUUUAUUUAAAAAUAUGUUAUCGAGCGUGUAUUUAAUUAAAAUUCGAUUAUAGGAAUAUUUUGCUUUAUAUUUUUUUUAUACAACUACGAUUUGAUAGAAAAAAAGCAUUCAUAUUUGGAAAAUUAUUGUCACAAUUCAAUUGGAACGCACUGUAUAUACCAUAAUUGUAUUUUUUUCCUAAUAUUCCCAUAUUUAAACAACUUAAACGAUGUGGUUAUCCAAAAAGACCCUAAUUUAAGCGCUGCAGAGGAAAAGAAUGCUAUAUCGGGGCUCAAUACAUCAUAAGACCAUCUUUUAUACAACCAAAAUCUUCUAUUUCAAAAAAUAUUUCGAUCAAAUAUAUUUUUAUGAACAUUAAUUGUUAUUUUCGAAAUUUUUUACUGCCAAGAGCUUGAUUGGGACGCCCUGUAUAUGCAAUACUAGUAUUUUUUCCUAAUAUUUCCAUAUUUAAACAACUUAAAUGAUGUGGUUAUCUAAAAAGACCCUAAUUUAAGCGCUGCAGAGGAAAAGAAUGCUAUAUCGGGGCUCAAUACAUCAUAAGACCAUCUUUUAUACAACCAAAAUCUUCUAUUUCAAAAAAUAUUUCGAUCAAAUAUAUUUUUAUGAACAUUAAUUGUUAUUUUCGAAAUUUUUUACUGCCAAGAGCUUGAUUGGGACACGCUGUAUAUGCAAUACUAGUAUUUUUUCCUAAUAUUUCCAUAUUUAAACAACUUAAAUGAUGUGGUUGUCUAAAAACGUCCUAAAUAGAGCAGUGCAGAGGAAAAGAAUGCUAUAUCAGGGCUCAAGUAUCAAAACUAUACAAUCAUCAACAAAAACAAGUCUUUUUGUGAGCAUAAUUGUUUUUUUUUAAUUAAAUCAAUUAUGGUGUGAUUAUUUUUUGAAAAUCUAAUAAUUUUCUCUAUAAAAAAAAUAGUGACAGAUUUUUUUAAAUAAAAAAAUUAAUACGCACAACAAUACUUUUUAAAUAUGAUUGCUUACAUAAAUCUACAAAUAAUUUUUAGAAUUUGUCUACUGCAUUUUCUUUUAUCGACUUUUUCAUUUAUUUAAAAUUACGAAAAUAACAAAUAUUUCCCUAAAUCUAGGGAAAAACAAUUCAAGUUGACAUCACUGGCGCUAAUGCGACUCAGCUGUCAUGUCAUCACCUUCCUUAUAAAUAUUCUAAUAACAGUGUUGCCGUACUUCUUUUAACGAAUUUCUUCCAAUUUAUGAACAAAAAAGUCAUGUUUCAAAAUAAUAACUAAAAAAUAUAUUCGAGAAAAUUUAAUAAAUACACAAUUCUGUCAUAAAAUCUUUAAAAUUCGUAUAAAAACCUUCAAUUUUUAAGUAGUAAAAACUGUAGUUUAAAUCUGGCAACAUUGACUAAAUAUAAAUGUGGAAACAUGACGGUACUACAAUGUUGCCAAAUACGUGAAAAAUUCCUGUUUGUUAUUCAUUUAUACCGAAAAGAAUUUUUUUAGAAUAGAAUUUGAAUUCAAAAUAUACAAGGUAAUUCAAAAAAGUAUAAAAUUAAUUACGUUUUAUUACAUCAAAAUAUUACUAAAACCACCCCCAUUAAAAGGGGUAAAAAUUAAAAAAGUGGUUUCUUCCUUAUUUUUUGGGAAACAAAUUUUAUAACUAUAAUCAAUUCUACUAAUUAAUUUACAUAAUUUUUGAUCAUCUUGUAUAUAUUUAACUAAAACUAUUUCGACUUAAAAUCGUUUCGGUAUAAAAGACAAAACAGGAAAUUUUCAUAGUUAAUUCUGUCAACACUGUAAUACUGUCAAGUUUCCAGAACGUUUGCUGAUUAAACAGUGUUGCCAAAAUUAAUUAUUGUAGUCGAACACAAUGUUAUAACCAUCGAACUAUAUGCAAAAGCAAUCACCGAACUAAUAACACUCUAAAAUCACGUUAUUUCAUUAUUAAAAAUUGAUUUUGUUCCUCUAAGUAGAUAUAACCAGUUUGAAGCGGUUCGGAAAAUUAUAUUGUGUCAAUUUUAUAGUAGACAAUUUCUAAUUAACAACAUCGAAGGAGAUUUGUAGGUAUUGGAAUUUAUUUUACGUGUGAUUUAUUAUUUAGGUUAGUGUACAUUUUUUGUAUUAUUUAUUUUAGUGUAUAAUUUUUAUAUAUCUAAACAUAUCUCGAACAAUUUAUAUAUAUAUAUAUAUAUACAUAUAUGAGUUUUCGUAGUGGGAUU